GCUAUCUUGACUGUAUCAUUCUUCGUCCCGUUCUAACACUCAGACGUAUGAAGUUUCUAGAAGCAGAGAAGACUAUAGAGAACAUUUCCACUUUACUAACAUGACAUUUGGGGCUUACGAACUUACCGAGGAGCAAAUAGCAGAAUUCAAGGAAGCGUUCUCGCUUUUUGACAAAGACGGCGAUGGUACCAUUACCAAUACAGAGCUGGGAACAGUCAUGAGGUCUCUUGGACAGAACCCAACAGAAGCUGAACUACAGGACAUGAUCAAUGAAGUUGACAUCGAUGGUAACGGUUUGAUUGAUUUUCCCGAGUUUCUYCACAUGAUGGCCAGGAAGAUCAAGGAGUCUGAUACCGAGGAGGAAAUCCGAGAAGCUUUUCGUGUGUUCGAUAAG